AUGAAGUUCAGUUCUUCGCUCAAGUUCAAUGCGGUAUCUGAUUGGUGGGAUGAAUACAUCGCGUACGACGCGCUGAAGAAAUACAUCUACCAGUUGGAGAAACAACAAAGUGGAAGAGAUCUUUCUCUUUCACGAGACUUGGAAUCGAAUGAACGAAGUGCACUUCUCAACGAAGCCGAUGCAACGGAGACGGAUGGAAUGUUCAUACCUCUACUCGACCGGGAGCUCCGGAAGAUCGUUGCAUUCUAUGAGCAACAGUCGAAGGAACUUCUGGACGACCUCGAGGAUCUGGAAAAGGAUGUUAUCUUGCAGGACGAGAUAGGGCUCCAAGGAGGAGAGCACUACGAUGAUUACGAGGAGUACGACGAGGAUGACAACGACAACGAUAGUAUAUCAGCUUCGCGCAGUCCAGACGGCAGGCGGACCUCGACGUCUCGACCACGCAAAUUGAGUGCUGCAGGAAGACUUCGGGUUCCCCAAGCGGGACCGAGCGGUUCUCCAGAGAUACAACGUCGACAAAGCUUGUCUUCAUUUGAAGAUAUGGAGGAUAGCUACCUGUCUUCCCGGCAUGGGAAAGGACCGAAAGGCACAGUUGCCAAACUUGCCAACAAGCUUAAAGACAGUUUCGUGUCAUCUUCCUCGACCACGGACCCUACCAUCUGGACAGCUCGAACAGACUACGCCUACGAUACCCGUUUGCUUUACAAACGACGCAUCACCAAUUUGUACAUCUCUUUCACUAAUCUCAAAUCAUACGUCGAAGUCAACUAUUCGGGCUUCCGUAAAAUCAUUAAAAAAUAUGACAAAGUCACUUUUUCAGAGCUGAAAGACCGAUACCUGCAUACCGUUGUUGAAAUUUCCGAGCCGUUUACCCAAGCUUCAAAAGACAAGAUCAAUGAUGCCCUUAAUCGCCUUCUCGAAUUAUAUACCAAAUGUGUUGCACGCGGCGACAAAGCGACUGCUCGCCAGCAAUUGAGAUUGCACCAGCGUGAAAACAUCGCCUGGGAACGUGAUACUGUGUGGAGACAAAUGAUAGGAAGGGAGAGGCGAGGUGAGGGUGCAGCGGAUGAUGCAGCUGGUGCAACCUUGUUGCAUGAACCAGAGAAAGCCAUCGUGGAUAUUCCGACCCCUGUUGGAAUGUUCAAAAUUACGAAACGCAGGAUUCUCAAGCUUUUGGCUGUCGCUGUUUUGGUUAUCAUGCUGAAUGUUCAAGUCGUCGAUGGAUUGGAAGCCAACAGGUGCUUGGCCAUUCUCUCGUUUUGCACUGUACUCUGGGCAACAGAGGCUAUACCUCUUUUUGUUACUUCGAUGUUUGUUCCACUUCUUUUGGUCUUACUUCGUGUUAUCAGAGAUGCAGAUGGCGUUCAAUUAUCACCCCCUGAAGCUACGAAAUAUGUGUUUUCAAUAAUGUUUUCUCCUACAAUUAUGCUCCUCAUCGGCGGAUUCACCAUUUCUUCGGCACUCAGCAAAACAAAUAUUGACCGUGUUUUGAUCACACGCGUUCUGAGUUUGGCUGGUACUCGUCCAAGUACGGUGUUGCUUACUUUCAUGGGAGUCUCCUGCUUCGCAAGCAUGUGGAUAAGCAAUGUCGCGGCCCCCACUCUCUGCUUUACCCUGAUUCGACUUGCUAUUGCAUUGGCAGCCAACGUCGGCGGUCAGAGUUCACCCAUUUCAUCACCGCAAAAUCUUAUUGCCCUCGAUGCCAUGGACCCCAAGGUCGACUGGGCCACUUGGUUUGCUGUGGCUUUGCCAGUUUCUGCCGUGUCCAUUCUCUUAAUAUGGUGGCUGCUUCUUGUGUCGUACAAGCCCGCUCGCUCGCCUGACGGCGAUGGCUAUAUUGAGAUCAAAGUCAUUCGUCCAACCAGAGAACCUUUUACGUGGAAGCAGUACUGGGUCACGUUCGUGUGUCUGUUUACCAUCGCCUUGUGGUGUGUAGCACACAAGAUCGAAGAGCUGGUCGGUGACAUGGGUGUCAUUGCCAUCAUCCCUGUUGUCGCUUUUUUCUCAACGGGUGUAUUGAAGAAGGACGACUUCGACAAUUUCAUGUGGACCAUUGUGUUCCUGGCAAUGGGCGGUAUCGCAUUAGGCAAAGGAGUGAUGUCGAGCGGCCUCCUCGAAAUUAUGGAUGUCAUUAUUAGGGAUCUUGUCGAUGGAUUGUCGCUAUAUAAGGUUGUUCUGAUCUUAUCUCCCAUCGUAUUGAUCAUCUCGACUUUCAUCAGUCACACGAUAGCCAGUGUUCUGCUCGUCCCCAUCGCCAAAACAGUUGGCAAAAACUUGCCGGGAGAUCAGAGCAAUCUUCUUAUAUUUAUCACUGGUCUCAUCUGCUCAACCGGCAUGGGGAUGCCAGUCUCUGGAUUCCCUAAUCAGACAGCUGCUACCCAGGAAGACGAAUUGGGUGACCUAUAUCUUACCAAUGUAGACUUCUUGAAGAACGGCGUUCCCGCGAGUAUAAUCGCCACAUUUCGAAACGUACACACACGAUCCCGUGCGCGCCACCGGCCCGCCUGA